AUGGUCUUCUCAGCCAGACGCGCCCUGGCGCAACUGCUAUUCGGCGGCGCAAUGGCUUUGAUGCAUCUUUUAGCGAUGGGAGCAGGCGCACACAUGCAUGCAUCUCUCUCCGUGUCUCGUCUCGCCUCUCCCCUCCAAUGUACCUUCCCCUCUCCACUGUGCCUGAUACGGUUUUGUCUCCCCCCCCCCACCCUUCCUCGGCCGCAACACACAGAAGCCAUUGCGAGCAGACGAACUUGCCGAUCGACUCAUUCUUACCGCACCAUUUUUCGCCAUCGCUUCUCGUGGUUUCAUCUACGCCGCCUUUUCGUUUUGCCAUACCGCGGUAGCCAUUCGCCAACGAUGUUCCGCCGCUCCCUCAUGGCCCUCAACUGGCGUGACCAGGGCAUCAGCUACGUUAAGUACCUUAAUGUGACGACCGAAGCGCUCCACAUGGCCACCAAGGAUAAGGUGCGCGCCAAGUAUUCGCGCUUCUCCGCUCCCAACUAUGUUGCGGUCAAGAACGACGGCACCGGCGUGAUGGAGGAGGUGAAGAAGGUGCCCGCAUUCACGAAGGACUACUAG